AGCACCAGGGGCAGGAACGAGACAGACUCACAAAAUAAUAACUUUGCGUUUUUUGAUUGCGCUUCUAUACGUACUGCUAUUUGACAAGAUGGUGCUGUGCUGUGCUGCUGUAUGUUGUUACACCUUCUUUGCUUCGUCCACCCCGCUUGCCCCGUCCGUUUCAGCGCCGCUUGGCCCAUCAUCUUCGGACGGUCGGUAUGACUGCGAGGGGUUCGCUUUGGAUGGUACGCGAUGUCGUCGUAGUCGUGUUGUUGAGCUAGAGAGUAUAGUUGCGGGUUGAUUUUUGUUCGUCUCUCGGGAAAAGGUAAAUCCAACUUGGAAAACGUCCCCGUCGUCGGGUUCCCCCCUCAAUUCGGUGGGAAGUGUCCGCAAUCCGGGUUGUUCCGGAACGGUUCUGAGUGCCGUGGGGUGCGAAAUUUAUGUCGGAAGCUUGAAUGGUUUUAAUAUGGUGGAUUUUGCGUAGCAUUUCGGAAAGCAGCUAAAGGGAAAGGUGAUCGCGUGUGCGGCAGAAAACGUAACUGAAAACGCGACUGAAGACUUGCGCGUGUGUGCGACGACGGACAACGAAAGGAAGAACAAACCAGGAAGCCCAAAAGAAGAGGAGACAAAACAACGAUCAUAUGAUUUCGUUCGUUUCGCGCUGUUGCUGUUCCGUCGAUUGCGAAUGUUGAUGAUGAUGAUGAUAGUGUGAUAGUGAUGAUGAUGAUGUUGUUGUUGAUCACAUGGCGGCAAUCAUGAUGAUGGUGCCAACGACAACACGAUGACGAUCGUAUGAGAUAGUGUGGUUGAGCGAUCCCCAAGCAAUGGUUCCAACAGCUUCAACGGCCAUGCUACCAAUGGUGAUGAAAGUGCUGCAGAUCGCUACUAAGAAGAAGAAGCAACUGGUGAAAACGGUGGUGGACUGAAAAGUGAGUCAUCUAAGAAGAAACUGGCGAACCGCGAAGAAACCGCGCGUCUUGUUGGGAUUAAGAGUCAAAAUACACAACGCCGCGAUAUCGAUUUGGCCAAAUCUGGCUCAGCUGUGCUCGUUCGUUCGUUCGCGUGUGGUUGAAGGAAGAAAAGUUGAAAGGCGAGUGAUCGUUUGCGCCUAGCUAGGUGAUCGCGCUGCUGCUAGAAAGCCAAUACACAACAGUCGAUCGUGACCAGACGGACCGUGGGGGGUGAGUUGAGUGCGCGCGCGCUUGUGUAAGAAGAGUGAGAGAGAAAGAGGGUGGCUGUUCGCGCGCGGUUGGCCAAACUGGCGACGAAAGCAGCCGGCUCGAACCAGAGCUAUUGCAGCAGGUGGCGGAGGUGCUGGUGGUGGCAGGGAAGAAGCGGUGCAACUAUCGCCAUAAAGCGUCGAUCUGGAACAGCAGCUACAGUACCGCCUAAGGCCGCCAGGGAAAGAGACACUGGCAAGGGUAUUGCUUAUUGCCACCUGGUACUGCCCGGCAGCUCGUCUCGUCGCCGGCUCAGGAUUGAUCCCGUAACGUGUGUGUGCACACGAAGAAAGAAAGAAAUUCAGGCCACCGGGCUAUGGAUCCAAUAUUCUUCUCUCCGCCCAAUGGAGUCCCGUCAGAAAGCAAAUUGGCAACCUAUAUGAGUCGACAGAACGUUUCGACACCAACGUAUGGGUUGUCCACGGGCCUCAGCAAAUUAACACUAGACUCCCCCAUAUCGAUUAAGAAAACUCAGGUGACCCCCCAGUCGCCAGAAUUCAUUCCAAACAAUCGUCUCAACACAUCAUCAUCACCAAACUUCUACUCGUCGUACUCGAUACUAGCUGGCAGCAACGGUAGUGGCCCAGUCGUCGGAAGCACCGGCGUCGGCGUCGGUGGUGGCAACGGAAACAGUGUGAUAACGUCCAACAAUGGCACAACGGUGGUGGUGGCGACAGCGGCGCCAGCAUUGCCUGGCAGCACCGGAGCAGGAACGGUCGUCCCCGGUCCCGUUCCAGUCCCGACCGCGGCAGCACAGCUUUCAUCGGUGGCGACGGCGAUUAUCCCCAAUGGCACCGGUGGAUUAGCGGGCGGGGGCGGCGGCGGAGGAGGAGGUACUGCAGGUGGUGGAGGGGGAGCCGGAGCUAACGGAACCGGCAACGGCUCCGGCGUUAAAUCCCAGGCCAGCAGCUACGGGAGCAGUAUCCUUGGUAGCUCGCUUAGCAAUAGCUCAACGUAUGCUGUGACGCCCAUCAAGGGGCGAAGUUUACUCCGUAACGAAUCACCACAAAGUACUAAUACAUCUCCUCGAAUUACGCCUCAACCAUCACCACCGCCAAUUACCACCAACAUCCAUCAAGAGAAUGUCGGCGGCACGACGUAUUUCUAUCCGACCGCAGCGAACCAUCAAUUAACACCGAGUAGUACAGUUAACACGACUGAAAAUACCUUUGUCCACGUAGCAAGCUCACAAAUUAAUUUAAGUUACUCGCAUCCAGGACAUGUCUACCCGGGACCUGCAUCGCACGUUGUCAACAUGCAAGCGAAGGCACAACUGUCGAUGGCGUACUUCCUGCAGGACGAACUGAGAAACGAUAUUUUAUCUAGGAACGAAAUAGUCAAUAGUAUUGAAACCGAGUGUCAAGAUUUACCUCUAGAAGUGGAGAACUAUCAUUCUUUGUGUCAGUUAGAGUCUUUACCAGUCCAUCCCAAGCUACCGGUACAGUCGUCCACAUACAAAGCAACACACAAUCUAACGGGCGUGAAAUACUGCCUUAGACGUCUUCAUGGUUUCCGUCUUCAGUCGACCAAGUGCAUGCAGAUUGUCGACAUGUGGAAAAAGCUCCAGCACACAAACGUAGUACAACUUCGAGAAGUAUUUACUACGAAAACCUUUGGUGAUAAUUCCUUGGUGAUAGUGUACGACUAUCAUCCCGGAUCGCAGACGUUACUCUCGAAAUACUUCAUCCCGAGCGCAGAAUCGACGAACGGCUACUCCGAUCCAUUCUCCGGCGAAGUGCGACCCUUCAGCCACAAAAGCACCCUUCAUCGGGCGGCUACCAGUACGCUCCUAGCGGAGAACGAAAUCUGGUCGGUGAUAAUUCAGCUGUCCGCCGGGCUCCGGGCAAUCCACCAGGCUGGUCUGGCCUGCCGAACACUGGACCCCACGAAAAUCAUCAUCACUGGCAAGCGGAUACGAUUCAGCUGCGUGGCGAUAUCCGACCUCGCUACGUACGAUCCCAGCCAAACGAACCCGCUGACCGUGGUCAAUCAUCAUCAACAGGAUGAUCUAACGGCCCUAGGAAAACUGAUCUUGGCUCUCGCCUGCCGAAGUUUACAGUCCGUACAGCGAGACCAGAUCCAGAACAGUAUUGAGCUGAUAUCGCGGCACUACUCGUCCGAUUUGAGGAACAUUAUUUUAUACUUACUCUCAUCGAGCAACCGGCGCUCGGUGACGGAGAUCAUGCCGAUGAUCGGUGCCCGCUUCUACGUGCAGCUCGACGCACUGCAAUCCCAAUGUGAUAUCCAGGAGGACGAACUGGCCCGGGAGAUGGAAAACGGUCGGCUCUAUCGACUGCUGGUCAAGCUGGGCACCGUCAACGAACGACCCGAACUUAACCUGGACGUCACGUGGUCCGAAACGGGCGAUCGGUACAUGCUGAAACUGUUCCGAGAUUACCUCUUCCACACCGUCACGGAGGACGGCCGUCCCUGGCUGAACCAGUCCCACAUCGUGCAGUGUCUCAACAAGCUGGACGCAGGGACCGUUGAAAAGGUUCAGCUGAUGUCCCGUGACGAACAAUCAGUAUUAGUGGUGACUUACGCUGAACUGAAGCACUGCUUAGAGCAAGCAUUUUCCGAACUGGUAGCGGCAGCCACAGCCGUGUAAUGAGAGGGGGACAGUUCGCGUCAAAUCCCCCAAAAGGAAGAAAAACGAAACAAAACAAAAGAAAACUUACCUUGAGGCUCGAGAGAUGUGUAAUAUUUUUUUGUCUGUGUGUAGGAGAGAAAAUACGAGAUGAUUACGAUGACGAUGAUGAUGAUGUUACAACCGACAACCAGAACAAACAGCAGCAACACAACACAACAGGUUUAAAAGUGGGAGAGAGAAAGUGAAAGAAUGCAGUUUCUACUACAACUACAACCCUAGAGGUAUGUUCGUGAUCUUAUUUUUAUACACAUACACCCAUGAAGAAACCAAGAAUCGUGGAAACAAACCGGAAAAGGUUAAGAAGAAUCCAGAAGCUGUUAGAACCACACACAUUGUAGAAAACCAAGGAAGAUAUAGUGACAGACAGAAGAAUCAGCAGACGGAGAGAUCAACAAUUGUACUAAAGUGAGAACUCGCAUCAUCAUUGUGUGGUAAUCCAAUAUUUACAAAACAAAAAAUCCACAUGAAAACAUAGAAGAGAAGCAUAAAGUGAAACAUACAUACAGACACACACACAUGCACUUACUCAUAACGCGAACUGUAGUUACAUUUCGGAUAGCAGAAGAAUGAGAGCGAUGAUGCGCGGGAAGAGAAUGCGCGAAACUGAAGGGUAAGAGAGGCAGAAUGAGAGCGAAGCGCUUGAAGAGAGUCGGAAUCGUCAGCAAGAGAAAACUAGCUGUGAGUGUGUGGGUGAAGUGUAGUGAAGGAAGGAUUGUUUCGCUUGGGAUCAUCAGGUUCAAGUUUAAAAGUGAAUUUUGUGAAGAUUGUAUCGUGUUAGUUUACGCUUUAUUUGGAAUUGUGAUGUCCUAGGAAAAGAAAAUUGUGCAAAUUGAAAAGUUUAGAAUCAAUAAAAGAAUUGGCAGCUGGAAAGAAGGGUGUGAAGUUGAGUUAUAGGUUAUAGAACACCACAAGCUUAUUUUCCCUAAUACUCGUAGCAAAAUUUCCCAAAAGGAAUUGCUUAGUUUCGUUCCAUUUCACUCUCAGUUAUGUUAUUUGUUUUGUAAAUUGGUCACAAGUCUAAAUCAAUUUUUCAUCGUGGAAAAUCAAAAUUUAUUCGGAGUACUUAAAGAGUGUGUCAGAUCAGCCAAACUAGCCUGAAGCUCAAAACUUCAGGCCUACAUUUUUAACGGUUGUCUUUUCCGCUACACUGGGUAAUAUUAGUUGGUCAAUCAUGAUUACUGAACCUUCUUCAAGAUUAAUCGACACUUUUUAAUAUUGUCAGGACUUUAUAGGUUAUCCAAACUGUUUUGGAGUGAAGGUUUUGUUUACGAAUAGCCGUAACAGUAGUUGUUCGGGUACCAACAACAAUUCAUGAUCUUCUCAGAAUCAACACAACCGCUUUAUUACCUGAGGUGUACGAUUAAAUGAUUUUGAGGAGCAAUCUUUAGAAAAUUAUUCAGCAUUUUUUUUAAAUAUAUUCUGGAGUUUUAGAGGGCUUUCUCCGGAAAUUUUUUUGGCAAUAUUUUUGGGGAUAAUUUUGAUUAUUAUUCCGAAAAUUGCUGUGAUAACUUUGGAAAUUCCUGCGAAAAAAAAUGUAAAUUUCUUCUGCAAUGCCUUUGAAAUUUUUUAGCUAAUCCUUUUGGGAGUUCAUUCGGAAAUAUAUUUAUAUUUUUUUACGGGGAUUCAUUUGGGAUUUGUUUUUGGAAAUAUAUUCGACAAUUCCUCGACGAUUCCUUUGACAAAUAUUUUUUUGAGAAUUUCCUUAGUAGUUCAGGAAGUUUUAUAAAAAUUUUCUACAACAAUUCCACUGAAACUUCUUCGACAAUUUCUUCAGGAAUUCUAUCAGCAAUUUAUUUGGGAAUUCCUCACGUAAUCCUUUUGGAAAUUACUCCAGUAGUUGAUUAAUAUUCAUUUUGGUAAAUCCGUCAUUUUAUUUGAAUUUUCUUCUAAAAUUUUAUUAGAAACAUAUUUUUAUUAGAACUACUCUGGAAAUUCCUUCAUUCGUUUGGAAAUUACUUUAUCUGUUGGUAUUUUUCAGAGAAUGCUUUGAAAAAUUUUAGUAACUAUCACCGGGAGUUGCUGGAAGAAUUUUCGAAGCAAUUACAGAAGGAGUUUCAAACGGUUGUGCGAUGACCAAAAACAAACUGCUUAAAUAAUUUGAAACUCUUGCUUUGCCAAUUGCUUUGAAACUUUAUUCUGCAAUGCCAUUGAAAUGUGUUAGUUAUUUUUUUAAGAAAUAUCUACAGAUAUAAAUCCAAAUUUUCUUAUUCGGCACUUCAUUUGGGAUUCGCUUUCGGUUGCUCGACAAUUUCUUUUGGCAUUUUUUUUUUCGAGAGUUUCUUCCGUAUUUUUAUUGGAAUUCGUUCAUCAAUUCCUUUGGGUAUUUCAUUGAAAAUUUCAACACUGAAACUUCUUCGGCGAUUUCUUUAGGAUUUUUUCAGCAUUUUUUUUUUGAGAAUUUCUUCCGAAAUCCCGUUGGAAAUUCUUUCGGAAGCUUCAUUAUUAAUAUUCACAAUUUGUAUACAAUUCCUGUAAUAACUCGUAAGGAAAUUUCUCAGAAACCGUUCCACAAUAUCUUCGGCAUAUCCAUUGGCAGUUUCUUCAAUCAUUUCUGUUGAAAUUUCUCAGACUACUAUUUGGGAAAUUUUAGAAAUUUUUAACUGGUAUUACUUAAGUAAUUUACAAAGGAAUUUGAGAUGGACGUGAAAUCAAUAGAAUUGCCGAAAAAAUUGAAAAUGGAAAAUAAAUUUCCAACGAAAUUAUCAGAAGAAUAGUAAAAAAAUCAAAACAAAUCUUCGAAUUUCUCAAACUAAGCCUAAGAAUUUACCAAAGGGAUUUCCAACAGGUCUAUCGUAAAAACUUCUAAAAAAUUUACCAAGGAAUUCUUGAAAGAAAAGGAAAUUACGAAAGUAUUUCAUUAGGAGUUUAUUCGGUAAUUUUAUUUUUAUUAUUUUUCUUUUGGCAUGUUUUUUCGAGAAUUUCUUCAGUAGUUUCAUCGGAUUUUUUUCAUUGGAAAUUUCAACAAAAAUUUCUCUGAAAUUUCUUUGGAAAUUUCUUGAUGAAUUCUUUCAGCAGUUCUCUGGAAUCACUCCCCCAAUCUCCUUGGAAAUCUUGUUCAAUACUCUUCGAAAAUUUUGUGGUAAAUAUUUUUUUUUGGCAAUACCACUCUGGAAAUACCUUCGAGCUUUUGUUUAGAAAGUUUUAAGGGCAAUUGUUUUUUAGAAUGUCUCCCACAACGGAUCAUUGGAGCCUCCGUAUAUGAGCUGUUGUGACAGCAAUCUAGUGAUGUCAAACACACAUUGCUAUUCUGGUGCUAACUGUUCAUUUGAUAGCGGCUGCUUUAGUUAUUUUAUUAAUUCAUUUCUUCAGCAUAUUUUUCGGAAAAUGCUUCAACAAUUUUUCUUGAAUUUUCUCAGACACCUCUUCAGGAAAUUUUAGAAAUUCCCAAAAUGGUGUAUGAUUUUAAAAAGGAAAAUUCCUUCUUUGUACAAGGAAUUACAUGAAUUUCUAAGGGAUAUGCAAUUAAAGUAAUGGCUAAAAUAGUUAUAAAUUUUCAAAAGAAUUCUCUGAGGAUUUAAAAAAAAAAUAAACUAACUUAAGAGUUCACAAAACGCCACCGAAGGAUGUUUCAGAGCAAUAGCCUAAAAAUUUUUCAAAGUGAUUUUCAACCGAGCUGCCGUAUAAAUUUCCAAAGAAAUUCCCAAAAGAAUUUCUUAAAAAAAUCAAAGGAAUGCUCAGAAAAAUAGUCAAAAAAUUAAAAAAAAAACUGUCUGAAAUAUUCACAAAAAAAAAAUCGCCGAAGGGUGACCCAGACAACCAGUAAUCGUAUUAGAUGUUGCAUAAGAUGAUAAAGUGGAGGCCAUAUGCGUCCUUGCCUCCAUUUAGGCGCAUGUAAAAGGCACGCAUAUCGCCUCCACUUUAACAUCUUAUUCAACAUCUUAUACGAUCACUGGUUGACUGGGAAUUGCACAGGAAUUUUCCAAAGGGAUUUCCAAUAAAGCCACUGCGUAAAUUUCUGAUGAAAUUGUCUAAGGAAUUCCUUAAAGAAUUGCCAAAGGAAUCCGUAAAGAAAUUGCGAAAGUAUUUUCAAAGGAAUUGAUUAAAUCAAUGUACAAAAAAUACCGAAAAAUAUUCUCAGGGAGUUGCCAGAGAAAGUUUCGUAGAAGUUUCCGAAUUCUCAAUGACUAUGCCUGAAGAAUUUUGAUAGGAAAAUAUCGAAGAAGUUCUCAAAAAUAGCCUCAAAUAAAUAAAUUUCUUAAUUUAGAAAAAUUGUCAAAAAAUAGCCAAAGAAAUCUCCAAAGAAAUUUCCGACUGAAUUUCCAAAGGAAUUGCCGAAAAAGUUUCCAAAAGGAUUGCCCGAGAAAUGUUCAAAGAAAUCAUUGAUGAAUCCUAAUUAUCUGGGCAAGUUUCAAACAAACCUUAAAAAAACAUUACCAAAGAAAUUGCCACAGGAAUACCUAAUAAUUAAUUACUGAAGAAUUCAUGAAAAAACUAUCUUGAGAUUUCUCAUAAAAAAUUGCUGAAGGUAUGAUCAUAGGAGUUGCUGAAAGAUUCUUUAACAAAAUGAUGAAGGAAUUUCGAAUGGCAUUAGAAUACAAAUUUCCAUAGGAAAUAUUGUGGAAAUCUCCGAGAGGCCGAAGUAGUUUGUAAAGGAGAAUUUCCCAGAGUCAUUGACGUAAUAAUUUCAUAAAUAAGACAUAUCCAAAAGAUUUCCUGGUCAAAUUGCUGAAAAAUAAAUUAAAAUAAAUUUUAAAGAAUUUUUGAAGGAUUUUACAAUACAAUGUCUACUGAAAUGGGCAAGUAAUCUUUCACAGAAAUUUUCAAACAUAAUAUCGAAGAAAUUCCAUAGAAAUUGCUGACUUGGCGAAGAAGUUUCCGAAGAAAUUCCCAAAGUCAUUGUUGCCUAAGCAUAUUUUCAAAGGUAUUGAAUCAACAAUUUCCUAAUUCUGAAUGGCAUUUGUAAAUAAAUUCUCAAAACAGAAAACAAAAAAAAAUCCUGAAAUUAUUCUCUGACAAAAUUUAAAAGGAAUUGCCAAAGAUGUUUGUGAAGAUAUUUUAAAGAAAUUCGAAGAGUCGUUUGCGAAUGAAUUUCCAAUGGCAUUGCUAAAUGAAUUUCCAAAUAAAUUGCCGUAUGAAUGCAAGAAAUACUGAAUUCAUGCCAAAGCUGAAGCAAUUUAAAAAACCCUAAUUAAUCCACCUAGCGGUGAUGGUGCCUUUCUCGUGCUUUAAAAUAUCCUUUCAACAAAACUCAAGCGACAUGUUGACGACAUUGACAUAAAUACAAAAUGAAAACUGCUUGCUAAAUCUACUCAAUAUGGAUACAUUUUAUAUUAGCAUAACAUCCAAUAUUCAGAAAUUAUAAAACAAAAUUCAAACCAUAUAAGUGUCAUGAAGCCGCAAAAUUUUGAAACGUCAUUUCAGAUUUUCCGGUCAUCAUUUUAUGACUCCGGAUAUCUACCCCAACUAAACUAACCGCCAUCUUGAACAUUGAGACACCAUCUUGGAUGUCCUGGUAUUCAUUUUUGGACCUAAAAUUACAUAAAAUAGUCGCCGUAUUGAAUUUUGGCAUGUCGUUUAUGAUUUUUUGGUUACCAGUUUUGGACGAAGACCGGCAUUCUUCCAUAUUCAAACUAUAGUCAUAUUGCAGACCUUGUGAAACAGCGGACAGCUUGGGUUUUCUGAUUCUGAUAACAUUUAUCAGGCCAUUAAACAAAGCCACGAUUUAGUUUUUCACAUGAACGUUGGUUCUGCUACACAAAAGCUAGUCUCUAAUGUGAUCUAAGGCUAUUUUCUUGCUAACCGUUCAUUAGAUUAUCAAAAAAUCUGCGAUCUGAUGUGUCGUAUAUAUGGGUUUGGUUCAUUUUUAUAUUUGGUAAUUUCCGGUGGGAUAGCCGAAUCUGAUUCCAUGAGUCAUGGACCAUGACACUACCGGUUGUCCAAAUUAUGGUCUGAGAUUAUUUUAUUGCUUAUUUUUCACCUUUACCUGAUCACCGCGAUUUUAUUUAUAGCGCAUGUAUGAGUUUGAUUCACUUUUACUUUUAACCACUUCGAAGCCACAGCUGAACCCGCAACACUACCGGGUCUGAUCACAGUCAUUUGAACCUUUUCGUCGAUAUUCGGCCUCCUUUGUCUCCGGUAUUCGCAACACAAUCAAUCAAACUACUGUUCGAAACAAAAAUGUCAAACGAAUGCACUUCACCACGAUACCGGCUUCGGAAGACGUUUCGACAUUUGUUAUUCCUGUCUUCUUCCAUAACAAGAGCUAUGUUGCCCAUCUGUGUGUCGUAUUCAAUGCAACAUGCAAGAAUAAACUCAUAUUAACAUUCAUAAUCGGAAUUGGCUGAGAAUCUAUGCGUAAUGCUAGAAUUACACACGAGUCAUCGUGUCAGAUGACAUUGAUUUGACUCUUUCUUAUGUUUAUUGAUCUUCGUUCUACUGCUCGUGUUGUGUGUAGGUAAGAGGUAACGGUAGCGCACGAAUGUAACAAAGCAAGCUGACACCCGACUGCGGCAACGAAAUGAAGCUGGUGAAAAGUGUCGAAUGUUUACAAGACUGGUCGUGAUUUGAUUCACCGCAUCCAUGGGUUUGGUUAAAUUUUACAUUUUACAACCCGGAUCUGAUUCUGGGUAACUACCGGCUGAACCAAAUAUGGUCUGACAUUAUUGUAUUGUUAACUGCUCAUCGGUUAACCAAAAACGCUGCAAAUUGAAGGUGUCACAUGCAGAGUUUGACAAUUUCGACGGGACUCUCGGAACCCAUUCCGGAACACUACCAGUUGUCUUUAGUGUGACCUAAGGCUAUUUUCUAGCUAACUGUUCUUCAUGUUAUCGCAAAAGCCACGAUUUGAUGUGUCAGAUGCCUGGAUUUGGUUUACUUUUACAUUUGGCCUCUCCCGGCCACUCAAAACCGAUUCCGAAACAUUUGCUGGCCGUUCAUUAGAUAAUCUAAAAACCCGCUAUUUGAUGUGACGCAUGUACGGGUUUGGUUCUCUUUUCAGAUUUGACCACUUCGGCGGGAACCCCGGAACCGGUUCCGGAACACUACUGGUUCAAAAAUGGUCUGAGAUGAUUCGCCUUGACGGAACUCUUUGAGAGAAUUGCGCUGUGCGUGAAAACAAUUUUUUUUAACAUGGGAAAGGAUAGGAGCUGCAUUUUCAAAUGCUUCUAAAAUAUUUUAGGGACUUCAGAUUGAAGAAAGAGUUAAUGUUUUGCAAUAUACUUUCAAUUAGCUACACUAUAACUGGUUUUAGACAAACAGUUUUUAAAUCACAAUGUUAUGUCUAUAAUAUAGCGUAUCAAAAUCUCAUUCGAUAACAUUAAGAACGUUUUGCUUAAAAAAAAUUCUAUAAAGAAUUAGAAGCAUUUGAAAAUGCAGCUCCUAUCCUUUCCUAUGUUAAAAAAAUUUGUUUUCACGCACAGCGCAAUUCUCUCAGAGAGCCUCCGUCAAGGCGAAUUUUCCUGCUCAUUGUCCAUCAGGUCAUCGAAAAUGCCGUGGUUUGAUGUGUCGCAUGUAUGGGUUUGGUUCAAUUGUAUAUUUGGCCACUUCCAGCGGGACGCCCAGAACCGGUUCGGGAAUACUACCGGUUCAGAUAUGGUCUGUGACUAUUUUCCUGCUUACCGCUCAUCAGGUUAUUGAAAAUGCCGUGGUUUGAUGUGUCACAUGCAUAGGUUUGAUGCAUUUUCAUAUCUGGUCCCUUCCUGAGGUACCGUUCCGGACCACCUAAAUGGCCAUAUCUCCGGAACGGCUGGACCGAUUCGAACCAUUUUCAAUAGGAAACAAUGGGAUCAGAUUCCGCGUCGAAUGAACCGUCGGUCAUUGAAAUCGGAUGAGGUUUACUGCCAAAAAGUGAUGUGAGUUUUUUUGUACACACACAUACACACAUACAUACACACACACAUACAUACACACAGACAUCACCUCAAUUCGUCGAGCUGAGUUGAUUGGUAUAUGUGACUCGACCCUGCGGGCCUUCUAUCGAAAAGUCAUUUUUGGAGUGAACAUAUAGCCUUUCCAGUACACUUAGUGUACGAGAAAGGCAAAAAGAUCAAAAAUUUUAAAGUUUAAUUUCCUGAAAAAUUUUUUGAAGAAUUUUUCUUUCAAAUUUUUAAAGAAAUUAGCACAUAAUUUCCUUCAGAAAUUAUUUAACCCUAGUAGGAUGUUGGAGCCAAUAUGACCCAUACAGGCACGCUGAACGUGCACUACACCAUCGUUGUGAGAAUAACCUUAAAGUUUAGGAGGGUUAAGCAUUUUCAAAGGAAUUGCCAAAUAAUUUUCAAAGUAAUUACCGAUAGAAUUUUUAGAAGAUUUUCCGAAAACUGCUCACAGACAUUUUUCAAAUGUAAUGUCAGAGAAAUUUCAAAAACAUUCCUGAAAGAGAUCCAAAGGGCUUGCCGAAGCAAAGGUGAAAGAAAGAAAUAUUCAACAAUAUUUUUAAAGGCAUGCGACUUAUGCUUCCGAAUGGUAUGAGAAGAUUAAUCUAUAUAUAUAAAAAUGAGUUUGAAGUUCCUUUGAGGCAACAAAACUCAAGAACGGGUGGACCGAUCGGCAUGACUGUUGCAUGGUUCGAUUCGUAUUCGUGGUGGCUGUGUUUAUAUGUACAAAAAGUUACGAAAAUCCACUGGAAUAGUAAAAAAAAUAAUAAAGUACGGAUUUCUCAUGAGCCGGGAAGAAAUUCAGCGUGAUCAAAAUUAAAUCAAUCUAGAGUGCGUUGCUGCGAUGACCUCAACAGUUGUCAAACCACCACAGCUUGGCAAGACAAAGUUUGCCGGGACAGCUAGUUCCCAAUAGAAUCAAUAAAGAAAUUCCUAAAAAAAAUCUGAAGAAAUUCUAAAGAAAUUGCCGAACAAUUUUCUAAAUAAAUUGGCAGAGAAAUUUCCAGUGUCGUUGACGAAUGAAAUUCCAGUGGGAUUACAGAUCGCUAUAGAAAUUACAGAGAAAAUGUUCAAAAGAAUUCCAUAAAAUGCCAAAUGAGUUCAUUACAAGCUGAAGCAGUUUUCAAAAAAAAAAGUCAAUAGAAUUUUCCGAUGAAAUUUCUUAAGUAAUUGGCAAGUAGUCUUCUACAGAAAUUAUUUAAGCAGUUUUCAAAGAAAUUGCCGCAGAAAUUCCAAGAAAAUAGAUUUUUUUUGGAAAAUCAGCCGAUAACUUUUUAAAGUUAUUUCCAAGAAUUAAAUCGGAGAAAUUUAUGUAAGAGAUCCAAAGGACUUGUCGAAGUUUUAGAUGAUUUUUUUUUCUUAAUUAAUGCUGCUUAUGUUUUUGAAGAAUUUUACGAAUCACAUUUGCAUAGACAUUCCCAAAGAAACACCCGAAGAAGUUCCUGAGAAAAAUCUUAAAUUUCUAAAAAAAUUUGCAAUAUUAAUCCCAGAAUUGUUUCCAACGGCAUUGCCCAUGGAAUUGCUAAAGAAUUUCGGGAAAAAUUGCGGAAAGAAUUUCAUAAAAUACCAAUUAUCUCAUUCCAAGCUGCUCCAAUUCCCAGUGGAAUAGCAAAGGGGCCGUUCAUAAACCACGUUGACUUUUUGGGGGGGGAGGGGGGUCUCGCCAAAGUCUACGCUCCAUACAAUUUUUUUUUGUAUGGACAAAAGUCUACAAGGGGGAAGGGGGGGUUGGUCUGAGAUGGCCAAAAUUUGGUCUACGAACAGCCCCAAAGGAAUUCAAGAAUAAAUUCAAAAAAAAAUAAAGGAAUUUCAAGAAAAUUGCCGAUGAAAUUUCUAAAUAAAUUGCACAAAAUCCCGGAUUAGUUGAUGAAUGAGUUUCCAAUGACACUACCAAAGUUAUUCCCAGUGAAAAUGUUACAGAAAUUCAAGAGAAUAUUGUAGAAAAUUUUUUGAAGAAAUAAAAACAAAUGAGUUCUUUUCCAACUAAAUAUAUUUCCAAAUAAAAUUUGAUUGAAUUGAAUAAAUCCCCGAGGGAUUAUCCGAUGAAAUUUCCAAAGAAAUUUGCAAGUUAUCAUCUACAGAGAUUGUUCAGGCAGAUUCCAAAAGAAAUGCAGCAAGCUCCAAAGCAAUUACCGAUAGAUUUAUCAAAAGAAUUGCCAAAAAAUAUUCGCAUAAAUUGGAACAUGUAAGAAAUUUCAUAAAAAUUGCUGAAAAGGAUCCAAAGAAAUUGCCGAAAAAAAAUACAACAAAAUUUGCCGCUCAAAUUUUCAAAGGCCAUAAUGAGGAUUUUUCCGAAUGGCAUUGUAAAAGAAAUCCCAAAUGAAACCAACGAAAAAAAUCUUGAAAAAAAUCUUAAAAAAUUUCAGAAGAAUUGCCAAAGAAAUUUCUAAACAACAUUUUCGAGGAAAUUUCCGGAAGCGUUGGCGAACGAAUUUCCAUUGGCAUUACUAAAAAGGAAUUUCCAGUGGAAUUGCUCUAGAAAUUCAAGAAAAAAUUGCCGAGGGAAUUCCAAGAAAUACCAAAUGAUCUCAUUCUAAGCUGAUGCACUGAUGCAAUUUCUAAAAAAAAUGCUUUGGAAAUUCUGAACUAAUUUUCUUAAAAAAAAUAAGAAUAAAUUUUCGAUGAAAUUUUUCAAAGAAAUUGGCAUGUAAGCUUCCACAGAAAUUAUUUGAGCAGUUUACAAAGGAAUUGUCACAGAAGUUUCAAAUUAAUUGCCAAUUUGAAACUAUUUGAAGAAAUUUCCAAACACAAUGUCGGAGAAAUUCCAAAGAAAUUGCUGGAAGAGAUCCAGAAGACUUGUCGAUUGAAUUCCCAAUUUCGUAAGCCAUUGUCGGUUAUAUAUCCAAAGGCUUUACUGAGGUAUUUCUAAAGACAUUGGCAAAGAAGUUUCCAAAGGAUCGAAGCAGUUUAUCAAAAAAUUUUGAAGAAUUUAUGUUAAUAAUAUUGAAAAAUUAUGAUCUUUCUUUUAAAUCCAAAACCCGACUCGAUCUUUUGAAUGCUGGAAUCAAUCUGCUUUAUUCAAAAAAACCUUUCAUUACAAUUCGACUUAAAAUCUACACAAAGUCUUAACUCUACACAACAUUAAUUCUAGGGGAGGAGCUUGGAUUUACUUCAGGAUUGGCAAUAGCCAAUCCUCAUCGAACAAGCUAACUUGGGUUCGGUAAACGAACCACCAACACAUGUGACAUGUGUCUUUACUACGAUUUUGAUGAUUCUCCAUAACACAAUGUAGGUCAGGCAUAUACCAACUGCCUACAGUGUAAUGGACUGUAAUCUGAGCCUUUGUUUUGAACUGUUCGAAAAGCGUACGUGUUUAAGCAACAUGUGCAAUCAAUAAAUUUGAAUGAGGUUAACUGUGAAAUUUGGAUGAGCUUGCACUUGCGUGUUUCGACAGUCACAAGUGUCUUAUUGCAAUUUAUGACUUGGCAUAUGGAAUGUUCUUGUGAGGUCUGUUUCCUUUUGCUAGAAGGGAACUUAAACUUAAGCCGUUAAUGAUGUUAUGAGAAAGAUGAGUUUCUUAGCGCGGAUACAUGUCUCAUGUAGAAAUGAUAUUUUUAAGAAAUAUGAUAUUGGAAUGCUACAAUAUAUUAAAUGAACUCCGAUCUACAAAAUUUUUAGGCAGUCGUGAAAAAAUUGCCACAGAAGUUACAAAGUUAUUACCUACAGGAUUUUCAAAAGAAUUGCCGAUAUUUUUUUGCAGAAAUUUGCAAACACUUUUUCGAAGAAAUUGCUGAAGGGGAUUAAAGAAAUUCCCAAUGUUUUUGCUGCUUGUAUUUUUAAAGGCAUUACUGAAGUAUUUCCUAAAAGAAUUGUAAAAGAAACUCUCUACUUUACUGCAAAUUGCUACGAAAAUGCGAGAAAAUUUUAAAGGUAAUUGGCAAAGAAAAACUCAAUCGAAUCAAGUUUUUAAAGUUUAAGAAAAGAAAAACAAAAAGUUGCUUAACUAAAAUCAAUUUUCAAAUUUUUUACAUUAAUUAAGAAAUUUGGUAGAAGUCAUUGAUUUGAAAAUAUUGCUAAUCUGAAUAGAAUUGGAUGAGAUGUAAGAAGUUGAAAAACCUAUACCCAUACUGUUAUGGUAAUUAGUGUAAGUGAUUUAUACCAUGGCAGUGGAAAUGUAAAUAAAUUCCUCAUAGCUAUCCUAAGUACAAUAGCAUUCUCAAUAUAUUGACAUUUUUUUUGACACUUUCUGGGAAUGCUGCUGGUCAAGCUCCUGGAUGAGUGUUUUUUUCCUAUUUCUGAAAUUUUCGGCAACAUUGACAUUUCUGACAUUAUCUCUUUUUAAUAGAAAAUAAAAAUAAAAAAAAAAUCAGAAGAAUUUUUCUCAGAAUCAGGGAUAACAUAUACAUACACAGAUUUAUUUGUAUUAGAUUGCGUUAUGUAUGAAAUUCAGAGGUUUUUUUUUUUUAAUUUUUUGUAUGGGAUUCGGAUUUUUUUCAUACGGAUUUUGUGUGGGAUACUGAUUAUAUAGUGAUCAUUUCAGACAGUAUCAUACAGAUUUAACAAAAAAAUAAACAUCUGACAACCCUGGUCGGAGCCUACAAAGAGGUUCUGGGGAUUUUCCAGGAGGUAUUUUCAUAUUUUUUCUUCAAAACUGAUUUUGGUAAAUAGUGAUGUUCUGAAUAGUACUUUUAAGUUCCAUCUCCGACAAAUUCCGAAUAUUUUAAAUAUUAUAAUCAAACGUCAUGAAUAAACGGCCAAAUAUAGUGCUUUAUGCUUCUAAUCAGUAUUUCACAAAAAAUUCUAAUUUUCGUAAAAUAUUUUUUUCAAGAAUCUUACAAUAUUCUUCAAAUUUUUGAUUAACCGAAUUUUAACAAUAAUUUUUAAGAGCGACUUGUAGACGCAACCUUAAGUUUUCUAAAAAAAAGUUCCGGUAGGGUUUUUAAACAAGUUUUGAGAUCCACGUUGAAAAUUGUUUAUGUUUGUUUAACGAAACUAGAGCAUAAUCACAGUUCACACUAACAUCAACUUGACCCCAAUUCCACCACCCAAAAACAAGAACCUCAUUCACGCACAUACACGUUCACACACACAGCAGACAAAAGUUCGCCCGAAGGAAACCCGUGUUGAUCUUAUCUCUCGCGAUGCGAGCUAAUCAUCUACUAAAAACUGAGUUAAGCAAAUCAGAAUUGUUUGUGAUGUUAUUUUUUACUGCUAUACAUUUAGUUUUUUUUAUAUAAGAGUCCAGUUUUGUGCGCGUCUUUAUUUCCUGUUUAUCGAUGGACUAUUAUUUGAAAUAUUAUUUGAUGUAGGAUGAUAGUAAUUAUUAUUAUUAUUAAUAUUAUUUUGCUAGUUGGUAAGUUCGUAGUAUUCGACGACCGUAAAAAAACACAAAAUCAUAAACAAUUAUCAGACUCAAGCUAAAUUUCGACAUUGAAAACUGGAACGCGCGACAAGCAAAACGAAACACACGUACACAAACACACUAUUACUUACCUCAAGUUCACGAAAACGUGCAUCCCCUCACUCACACAGGUGCAAACUCACGCGUCACGCCGCUGUUUGUUUUUGUUUCCCAUUUGGUGUCUCCCGCAUUCGUUUUUUUUUUCAUCGCGAUCCAACGUUGCUUAUUUUUGUGUAGAUUCUUCCCAACUGUGGUAACCAUGGAUACAAAUGCAAGCAUUUCCGGCCAGCCUAAAACAGAAACCGUUAACCGUACUGUUGCAAAUUCAAGAUAAUUUGCUUUCCUUUGAAUGCUUUUUCAGCUAGGUGAAUGGAGGAAAGAUAAAAAAUGAGAAUCUUUUAAAUGAUUGGUGUAGUUUUGGAAAGGAAAAGAAGAAUCGGAUAAUUGUGUAAUCCAAUUAGUGGUGUUUUAACGAUACUUUAAGAAACGAAAAAACGGAACAACAGUUCGGAUCGAUGAUAGGAAAUAUGAAAAAAUCGUAAAGCAGAAACCAUAGUAGGAAAACCAAAAGAAAAAAAAGUUGUUAAUGAUGAGAUUUACAAAGAAAAGGAAGAAAACAGAAAAAUAUCUCAACCGAUAGAGGACAACAAAACGUAAACCAGAAUAAACCAAUAGAUGUAAAUGUGUAUACACGGACACUGAAACACUCACACAGACACCUAUUAUGUAUUAACACAGGGAAGCAAAACUGGAUUGAAUUUCUAUACAAAAAAAAAAUAAAACAAACAAAAAACGGGGUGUACCGGGGGACAGAAUGCGCGUUGCGAUCGAACACGGAACAGAAAUGCAAAACAAACAAAUUCAUAUUCUUCCUGUGGGUGCGAGAAACAAACAGAAGCAAAAACUUUGUUAGAGAAACGAUUGAAACCAAGGGAGAGAGGGAGAUUAGAAACGGCGAUGUUUGUAAAGGUGAGAGAGAGUAAUAUGGGUUUAAAUGAAAAAAAAAAUGGAGAAAGACUUUUUACUGUGACAAAUAAUAUUUAAAACGAGAUGCAGAAACAAAACAAAUGAAACAGAAGUAAACAAGAGAAACUGAUAAGAUACACUUAUAGACAAAAAAAAACACAGAGAUAUAUUUGUAAUAAAAAAGAGAGAAGAAAAGGACAAAAAAGCACAAAAACCAAGCCGUAACCACUCACACUGGCGAUUGGGAUGGGUGCUUGUGCGUGUGGUUGAGACGCGAGUUUAUUGUUUUCUCAAAUUGAGGCUAACGUCUGAGUGCAAUGAUCCCCUGUAUAUUGACUGAUCUCAUGAAAAUCAAUCUCAUCACUACAUUUUCCAUCAAUCAAAGAAUUCAAUUUGAUUUGAGAGAGUAUCGUUUUUUUUCCUUUUUGUAUUUUACUCAAACCCUGUCACAUCGACCUUGAUACUCCUAUAUUUUCUAUGUACUAUUUAUUUUAUCCUAUUUUUCAUCGACCACACGAACACAAAUAGAGAAGAGGUGAUAUCGUACCCAUCAAAGUAGAGAAUCAGUGAGUGGUUUGCGGAGAAAUUAUUGUAAACGAAAAAAAAUCAUAAAAAGUGAGAAAAAGCCUUUCAAAAAAAUUACAAAACUACGAAACUGGACACACAAAAUGAUUGUAUCCGACCAAAAACACUAAUAAAAGACAGAAAAAUUUUAUGUUUCAUAA